AUGAGUGCGCUCAUUCAUAGUCCUGACCGAUUUAUUGAGUUGCCAUUUCGGCGCUGUGAAAAAAAUAUCCCAGAAUGGGAACUAUGUGCCAAAUACAUUGCCACCAACCAUUCAAGCAACAACACUACCACUAUAAAAAAUGCCAUUAAAACCAUGACGGACAGUCACAACCUGAUUGCGAAGGUUUGCUUGCCGGAAACGAAGAGCCCCCCAACUGAAGGGUUUAUACACAACACUCUGAAGCCCUAUUGUAAUCUAAUUGUCAUGGCUCAGGCCCAUCUACCUCUUCAUUCUGCUAAGGUUAGUAAAAAUCUUAAAUUUUUAUGGAGGGAUAGCUUCAAGGAAGGGUUGAAAUACGAGUCUUUGAACGCGAAUGUGGAGUUAGUGAGUUGUAUUUACAACUUGGCCGCUUCGUACACCUACGUAGCUGCUCAUCAAGUUCAAAAAGGAACCAUAGAAAACAUCAAAGAGGCUUUUAAAAACUAUCAAAACGCAGCGGGCUACUACACCAUGGUUAAGGAUCUAUUGUUCCGAGUACCACCAGAAUUUCGUAACAAAGGUGAUAUCAAGCAGGAAUCGCUGGAACUGCUGAUCAAAAUCUGUCUGGCCGAAGCCCACCAUUGCGGCUACUUGAAGGCAGAAGAGGCGAUGAAGGAUAAUCAAGAAAUGCUCGCUAGGAUCGCUAGGGAAGGUGCAAAGAUGUUUUCGGAGGUUCAUGCACUGAUGGUUUACUCAAUCUGGUAUCAGGAAAAAAACCAUCUCGCCAAAAAAAUGGAGGUUCUUAUGAGCGUUGAUACUUGCAUCUUCGAGGUAAGGGCUUGCCUUCAUCUAGCGGUUAAGUACGAGGAAGACUCCAAGAUGGGUGCUGCGAUUGGCUAUUACAAUAAGGCCCUUAGAUUCCUUGACAAGCUCCCGAAAAUUUCAUCCGAUAGUAUGGCGAUGUGGGUAGAUAGUGUGACUAAAAAUGUUAAAACUGCUUACAAGAAAGCACAGGACAUGAAUGCCUCUGUGUAUUAUGAAAAAGUUCCCAAAGAGGUUCCUGACGUCGAUGGCUUACCGCGGCCACUGGGUUCCGUCAUCGAACAUACAAGCUUCAUUAACAGUGCCUUUAUCCGUGAAGGGGAUCCGUUUUUUGGUAUUGUUCCCUUUCAUGUCUCGAGUUUGGCAAUUAAGUGGCGCGAAAAUGAGCGCCGGCGCGUCAAGACCUAUGAGGAUGCUGCAAUUGAAAGUUGUGAGUCAGUGCGAACUAAAAUGCAGCAGCUGAAUGUCAUUUCCAUUAUCCAGACGCUAUCUGGAGAUUCACAGGACUAUCAACACAUACCAGAGCCGCUGCGGAGCAAGAUUCUCAACCUACGCAUCGGACCUGAAGGUCAGGUAGUAAGCGUGGCCCAAAACAUUCUUGAUCUCGUUAAUGUCGGCAAACAAUUACAGACAGCAUUAAACAGAAAGCUACAAGAAAUUUUGGAGGUGUUUGAUGAAGAAAAAGCAAAGGAUGAGAGACUUUCGAAUUCGUACGGAGAGAAGAUGUGGCGUGCAGUGUGCCCGGCGCUGGUGCAAACCCUUGAAUAUAACUCCAUCAUGGCCGCUUACAAUAUGCAUAAACAGAACUUUGACAAAUAUGUAUCGGAUCAACUAAAUCGUGGUAUGCAAACUUUGGAUCAAAAUCUACGCGAUAUUGCUCGCUUAGAUUGGAAAAUAAGUGAUCUAGAUUCUUUAAUGCCCUUUGUAGCGGCUAACAAAGUACAUGAAUGGUCCACCAAGGUUAAAAAGUAUGUUGAUAAACUCAAACAAGUUAUGUCUGACGUUGAAGCGACAGAACGUGAUCAAAAGGCAGCGCAGAAUGCACUACGAGAUCUUUUAGACUCAGACGCUGUUGUUGUUGGCUUAUCAGCUGUCGAACCUGCUGAGCAAAAUACCGUUUUGGAGAACGAAUCCCGCUCUAUCUCAGAUGGAAUUUCAAAAAUUAUGGACACAACACACACACAACCUGAGUUGGUUAUCCAAGCCGAGAAUAUUAUAGUCGAGCUGUCCACACUGCAGAGUAUUGAUCCACUCGCGCAAGAAAUUCAAAAGGUCACCAAUGACCUGGAAAACGCGUGUAAUAUCUAUAAGGAACUUUUUAAUGAUUUUAAAAACAUCGCGCAGUAUGCCUCUAGAAUAAUGAACGAAGUCGAAGACACACUGUUGACUCUCAAAUCCUUCAUAAAAAAACGUCACGUUCAGGCUCAGGAGUUUCAGGAACAGCUAGAUGCGCAAAUCCAAGCAAAGAUGAAGGAGCUGAAGAAUAUCGAAAGCGAACUAUCCUGUUCACGAAAACGACAGGAAGAGAUUUGUGCGCAAAUGGAGCAGCUACAAAGGUCACCACUAUCCUCGCAGCAGCAGCAUGAAUCCAUGACGUCGAUGCCGCCUUUGCCUUUUAAUCCGUAUGGUUACCCCAUAACCAACAAUGGACUACCAUCACAGCAGAUUCAUGCGAUGUAUUUCCCCCCCCCUCCCUCAGGGGGACAAAGCGUUUAUGAAAACCCACCACCCGAUUACAACUCUCUCUCGAGCAAUCCAAUCCCUUCCGAAUCUUCAAUGUAUGAACCUCCGCCAUCUCUCUACACUUUUCCUUCACUGGCAGAUAUACCGAUAAGUACAUAUACCCCUAAUAUCGUCACCAAUGCAGGGACAAACAACACACGAAGUGCACAAGCCUUCCCUCAUGAUCACUCCUGCACUUGA